UGAAGUACCAGGUGUCACAGCAGCACGACUCGCACACCUGAGGAGUCGGUGCAUUAAGAAAAUACUGACUGCACGACCUUACUUGUUUUCAGUCUUUAAAAGUUCAAAGAAGACGAGAACAACGAAAUGACGAUGAUACAGUUCGUUUUCCUCUUGACUUUGGUGACAUCCACCACCGGCCAGCCGCCACCUGCAAAAUGUUGCUCUGCGCCACAGUUCUCCGCCACUCUCGUAGACAUGCAUUCCAUCAACGGAGACCUGUAUAAUGCGAUCCACGGAGAGUUCGACUACAUUGCAGGAAAGCAAGCUCUGCUUUCCCUGACUCACAACCCAUUUACAGGUGUCUCCAAUUACACCUCGCGAACAGUCAUCGACUUCAACAAGGCCAAGGAAUAUGUCAUACCCGUGGACGACCCAACGAAGUGCUUUGUGGUAAACUGGCCUAUUGGCCCAACAAGAUGCAUUCCAGAUGAUGCAAUGUACCUAGGCUCCACCUACCUGGGUCCUGUGUCCACCCUGCCUUACGACGGCUGGCGCUUCAAACUGCCAGGUGCAAACAUCACGAUCUCCCUGGCGGUCUCUACCAGUGGCUGUGUACCCAUUGUCGAGGGAAUUCACAUCAACGACAACCCUCGUGGCGACGAACUUUUCCUCUUCACAGAAUAUGAACCAAGAAUCCGGAAUCCAGACUGGUUUGAUUUACCCUCAUCAUGUCCACAGUAACAUCUUGUUCAUGUCACGGUCAGAGACUAAUGGCAGUUGUUCAUUUACAUGACCGUUGCUAAGUUGCUAUUUUCCAUGCAAAAUGUAGUUCUAAAUUGAUGUAUAAAAAAUACAGAGUAUUUGGAUUCCUAA